GAUGAACAAGUAGUUCCAUUUACAGCUCUAAGAGUUUGCCGCCACGUAUUCUGCAAUGAAUGCUGGGAAGCCCACCUUAAGAUGCAAAUCAGCAUUGGAAACACAGAUCUUCAGUGCCCUGGAUACGAGUGUGAUGUCAGCCUUGAUGAAGUCACAAUUAUGGCUCUGAUUCCUUCAUGGUUUAGCAAAUACAUCUCCAGAAAACUUGACAGAUUGGCAAAUUUUGAGUUUCAAUUUUGUCCAUCCAAGGCCUGUGCACGCACUGUCAGAGCAGCAACUUGUGAUUUCAUUGCCAUGAAAACGAAUCCGGUGCCUGUAGGCUGUAGUUGUGGAAGUCUUUGGUGCUUUCAGUGCCGUAGACCUGCCCAUUGGCCUGCGUCUUGCGCUGCUGAUAAGAGAUUCCACGAAGUCAGCAAGAAUUAUCUUAUUGAGAUGGAACUGUACGAAGAAGAGAUGAUAACCUCAGUGAUGGUCAGAAAUUGCCCUAACUGCCAUUAUCCAAUCGAGAAGCAUCUAGGCUGCAGCUUCAUGUAUUGCAUAAUGUGUCAGACGGCUUUCUGCUGGGAAUGCCUGACACCCAUGUCAAACCACAAGCAAGGCUGUCAGCAGAAAGAACAGUCUAAAGAAAUUGAGCUGGAAGAUUACAGCACAGGUACCAAUCACUUUACGAAAUACUUCACUGUCUACCGUGAAAACAAGAAGGCUCGCUCCAGUAUGACUCUGUCUCGUCAAAGGAAAAGGCUCCGACUUGUUGAGCAAACUAUUGGAAGGUACAAAAGUAUUCUCUCCUCUCACUCAUAUGUUAACCAGACUGUGGACAAAGCCCUUCAGACAAACCUCCAAGAAAUCCUCAGGUAUGGCGUGGAACUAACGUAUGUAGCACGCUUUACACUCGAGGGUGCGGCAAAGGUGGCUGUCAUUUCAAGGUCAGCUUGCCGAUCAGGCUUGCAACAUAACAUGGAACGCCUGCAAUUCAUUGUUGAUAAAAUAGAAGCCUUAAUGGAGAGUGACAUUGAAGGACUUUUGAGAUGUAAUAAUUUGGAUAAAUUAACUGACUUCUUGCUCCGUGGAAAAGACUGCAUUCUUAAAAUUGGAUGUUUCCUGGCUAGAUGGCAA